AUGCUGCGGCCACCACACGUUGCCGCCACCACUCACUCCUCUGGCGACUCGAAUGCAGUUGACACACCAAUCUGCUACUUUCUGGACGCCCUGCCAAGAGAGCUUCGGGAAAUGGUUUACAGCUACCUAGGAGCAGACUUUACAGCUGUCAAACCUACGCCAAUUUGCGAUUCGACUAGUCGACUGAAGGAUGGCCCUCGACUUGCUGUGCUGCUCGUCAACAAGCAAGUCCGCGCAGAGUACUGGAAGAUGUGCAAGGAGAUGACUCAAAUCGUGGUGGUGGAUGCGUACGCGGCUGGCAAUAUCACUUGUCCUGAAAUUCAUCCCACAAUGGCCUUAUUUCUUGUCUCUCCAAGAUCAUGGCUAUCGGGCUUACUCGUUUCGAGAUGGGGAAGGGUUUGGGCAGAAUCGCAGCUGAUGAGCUCGAGAUGGAUGAUCGUCACGACUACGCUUGGUGGACGACAGAAGGUGGCUGAGAUGAUCUCGGUCCAGAGUAGGUGCAAAAUCUGUGUGCGAGGAGGAGAAAUCUUGCAGACCUUGAGGGAUUUGAGUAUCGAUCCGAAAGGACGGAUUCUGAAGGCGAAGAGUCAGAAGAAGAGAAUAGGGAGCAGAGCGAAGAGUGCCCAGUCCCAUGCUGAGGAGUAUACCGAAACGCGCAAGUAG